ACCACCACAACCACAACAGCCCACACAAUGGCCGACAUACUCACCCAGAUACAAGAUGAGCUAGACAUGCUGCUCCACCAAAUGCAAGCCUCCCUCACCUACAUCAAAACCCGCGCGCCACCCGCCCCGAUUCCCGGCCAACCGCUGCUCUCCUCCUUCGCCGAGCACGAGGCCCAAGCCGCUGCACAGUCGCAAUCUAGCUCCCACCCGUCUCAACCGUCACAAGCGCCUGCUACUCCAGCAGCGCCGCUAGCGCCGCCCUCGCAAGAAGAAUUCCAAAAGGACAUCCGCGAGCUGAGCAGGGAUCUGCUGCUGAAGGAGCAGCAGAUUGAGAUUUUGGUCGGGAGCUUGCCGGGCUUGAACACGAGUGAGAAGGAACAGGUUGAGCGCAUGAAGGAGCUGGAACGGCAGCUGGAGGAGAUCGAGGGCGAGAGGUUGGCUGCGGUCAAGGAGAAGGAGGUCCUGGUCAGGAAGGUUGAGGAUCGGAUAGGAAGCAUUAGAGGAGUCCG